CUGUGCGGGAGCCGGCGGCCGCAGGCGCACCGAGGAUCCCGCGAGCGCCGCACCUGCCGGCCCGGGCGUCGGGCUGUAGCAGCGCCGGGACCACUGGGCCCGGAACGGCCGCUGACAUGAGUGCAGUGUCGCAGCCCCAGGCUGCUCACACCCCCCUGGAGAAGCCGUCCAGCACAGCAAUCCUGUGCAACACAUGUGGAAAUGUGUGCAAAGGCGAGGUGCUGCGUGUGCAGAACAAGUACUUCCAUAUCAAGUGCUUCGUCUGCAAAGCGUGUGGCUGCGACCUGGCUGAAGGUGGCUUCUUCGUGCGGCAGGGCGAGUACAUUUGCACGCGUGACUACCAGCGUCUCUAUGGCACACGCUGCUUCAGCUGUGACCGCUUCAUUGAGGGUGAGGUAGUGUCUGCACUUGGCAAGACCUACCACCCCGAUUGCUUCGUGUGUGCUGUCUGCAGGCUGCCCUUUCCGCCUGGGGAUCGCGUGACCUUCAAUGGGAAGGAGUGCAUGUGCCAGAAGUGCUGCCCACCCCUGUCACUGGGCAGUGGCGUGCACCCAUCCCAGGGCCUCCGGAGUUGUGGGGGCUGCGGCUUAGAGAUCACGAAUGGCCAGGCCCUGGUGGCUUUGGACAAGCACUGGCACCUAGGCUGCUUCAAGUGCAAGACUUGUGGGAAGCUCCUCAACGCAGAGUACAUCAGCAAGGACGGGCUGCCGUACUGCGAGACCGAUUACCACACCAAGUUUGGCAUCCGCUGUGACAGCUGCACAAAGUAUAUUACGGGCCGUGUGCUGGAGGCCGGGGAGAAGCAUUACCACCCUUCCUGCGCGAUAUGCGUCAGGUGCGGCCAGAUGUUUGCGGAGGGCGAGGAGAUGUACUUGCAAGGCUCCUCCAUCUGGCACCCAGCAUGUCGGCAAGCAGCCAGGACUGAGGACAAGAGCAAGAUGCACAGCCCCAUUUGCAGACAGACCUGCCCGGGCGCAUCGGCCUGUGCCUUACAGGAAACCAGGACGUCCUCUGAGAGCAUUGUCUCAGUGCCUGCCUCCAGCACGUCCGGGUCCCCAAGCCGUGUGAUCUACGCGAAGCUUGGCGAUGAGAUCCUGGACUACAGGGACUUGGCUGCUCUUCCCAAAAACAAGGCGAUCUAUAACAUCGACCGCCCCGACAUGAUCUCCUACUCACCCUACAUCAGCCACUCAGCCGUGGGGGACAGGCAGAGCUAUGGCGAGGGGGAUCAGGAUGAUCGGUCCUAUAAGCAGUGCCGGACCUCCAGCCCCAGCUCUGCUGGCUCUGUCAGCCUUGGGCACUACACUCCAACCUCACGGUCACCCCAGCACUACAGCCGUCCAGCUGGUACUGCGAGUGUUGGUACCAGUAGCUGUCUGUCCCUGUCCCAACACCCAAGCCCUACAUCCGUGUUCAGACAUCAUUACAUCCCCUACUUCCGAGGCAGCGAAAGCGGCCGCAGCACCCCAAGCCUCUCGGUGCUCUCGGACAGCAGGCCUCCUUCCUCCACCUAUCAGCAGGCGCCACGCCACUUCCACAUCCCAGACACUGGCGUAAAAGAUAACAUCUAUAGGAAGCCCCCUAUCUACAAACAGCACGGUCCUGUAGCCCAGUCCCCAAUGUCCAAGCUCUCUGGCCUGGUGUCAGUUUUGUCCUUGGUGGUGCAGGAGGCAGGGCGCUCCAAGAGACUGGCAGGGCUGAGCCCACCACAGGCUACAGCUGCAAGGCGAGUGGAUGGGGAGGACAGCAGUUUCCACCAGGAUAGCAGGAAGAAGACCACCUGGCUGCUUCUCAAGGGGGACGCAGAUACCAGGACUAACUCCCCAGACCUAGACAGCCAGUCUCUGUCCCUCAGCAGUGGAGCUGAGCGAGACCCUCUCCAGAGGAUGCCAGGAGACAACCUCUACUCACAGUACAAGAUCUACCCCUAUGACUCUCUCAUCGUAACAAACCGAAUCCGGGUGAAACUGCCCAAAGAUGUGGACCGGACACGGCUAGAGAGACACCUGUCACCUGAGGAGUUCCAGGAAGUGUUUGGGAUGAGCAUUGAAGAGUUCGACCGUCUGGCUCUGUGGAAGAGGAAUGACCUCAAGAAGAAAGCCCUGCUGUUCUGAUGGCUGCUAGCGCCUCACCAGGAGCCUGUUGGGGGUAGAGCCGAAGGACCAGACUGGUCCCCCAAAACCCUCUCCUGCACCUUGCUCUGCUUCUCUGUGUCAGUGGGGCAGGCGGGGACACCUGCAGGAGGCGGGACAGGGCCAGGGUUGGAGGAGGCUUCCAGCAGGCAUGGUUAUUUGUGUACCAGUGAUGCUCCUGCCUGUAGUUUAGGGCCAGGUGCCAGCUUGACCCACCCCUUCCCGCUGCGUCUUGGCAUCAGGGUGAUGCUGUAGCCAGCCAUCAUAGAAGAUGGGUCAGAGCCUUCAGGUGGCCCAGCACCUUCCCAGCCUCUCUGGUGCACCUACCCACCUCUGUGCCAGGGGCUUGGGCCCAGAGGUGACUGGGAGUGAGUGAGGGACUUGUCAGAGGCAGAACCCUGACAGGGCAGGAGUGGAGAGCCAAUGGCUCCUUAAAGUGUGGCAGUACGGUAGGCGGGCUGGCAGGCUGGGGCAGGGGAGCCAGGCCCGAGUCUGGAAGGCAGUGCCAACACGGGACUGUGAUUCAUACAGUCAUCGUGACCGAUCGGUCUGGGGGGAUGAAUGUCAACCUGACAGGGUGUCCCCCGCCAGUGCUCUGUAUACUGCACCCUUCUUCCAAAUCACCCCUUAGAUGCCUAAAUGAUAUCUUUCAAGUUACACAGAAGUUUUUAUUUUAUUAAAAAUUAUAGCUUCCUUACACAGAAGAAGACAUAUAUGCAGAGUUUAGUUUCACAGUCCUCGGAAGGGGAGCACCUUUGUCUUACACUCCACCAUGCAGCCUCUGUGCCUCCAGCCCUCGGUGUCCAGAGACAGCCCCAUCCGUUUCCCUUUGUCCUUGCUCCUUCGUGUCACACAGACAGCCCUGAGUACAGACCGCCCAGUAGUGCUGUUUGUAAAUACAUGUGAAAUGUCUUUACCUGUUUUCCUCACUGCCGUUUCUCAAGUCUCAGAAGAGGUCCCUCUGAUGGCCAAGGCCGAGAAUAAAAAUUUCCCACCAUAGUACAGUCCCACUCACCGUGGGCUCAGCCACGCAAACCACAUGCACCCGGGAACGAUGCUCUUAUGCAUGAUCCUACCCGACACAGGCACCGAUCACUUGGGGAGAGGUGGGCUGUACUUCUUCCAAUCUGGGUGUCCCGGAGUGGGAAGUCCAGGUGACAAGUGCAUGUGUGUGUAGUGAGGUGACGGCGAGGAAUGCACCUGUCACGGGAUGCAUGGACACUGCUGUCCCAGGUGCUCUCCAGCUGCCCGCCUCCCACUUCCAGUAGCUCCUCACUUCCUCAGGCUCUGGAACAUGCUGAGUCCCUUUUGGCACUGGGGUACUUGCCCGCCUGGCUGGGUCAUGGAGGAGAACUUUUGGCACUUUAAUCUGCUUCCUGCCACUUAACAGUCUAGGCCUGCACAGCUGGAAACCCCCACCUCCUCACUCACGCGGUGUCCUGUCUGAUCCCUAGGAUGCCUGGGAAAAUAAACCGUGAUGCACUGUAA